AUGCUUGACCAGCCCAAACCUCAACAUUCCUACAUUGGUCUCAUCGCUAUGGCCAUAUUGUCGUCUCCGGACAAGAAGAUGGUCCUCAGUGAGGUAUACGAGUGGAUAAUGAUGCACUACCCGUACUUCCGCACUCGGGGUUCCGGCUGGAGAAACAGCAUCAGACAUAAUCUCAGCCUGAACGAUUGUUUUGUAAAGGCUGGUCGAGCCGCCAACGGAAAGGGCCACUAUUGGGCCGUGCACCCGGCUUGCCUUCGCGAUUUUGAGAGAGGCGACUUUAGAAGACGAAGAGCUCAAAGAAAGGUACUAUUUUAUUAA